UCAAAAGCUCCACACUCCGGCUUUGAGAUUCCUCCUCCGGUCCUCACCCACCUCUCUCUUUUCCCUGUUAGUUUAUCCUCCGUGUCCCCUACUCCCCUCCUCUCCAGGAAACUUAAUCGGAUCUCUCUGAGCUCUCGGUCAAUCGCUCGCAUUUCUUUACUAAUCGCCACUUCUCGGAGAGAUUAGUUUUUAAUGGCGCUUAUUAUGAAGUGUUUUGAAUUAAACCUCCAAGAAACAGAGGGAAGCUAGAGAGCCUCCAGAGGCCAUAGGCCCAUAGCCAAGAAGAACACGCUCCAAUACCUCCUCGGAUUCUCUGCGUGCUGCCGCAGGAGAGGGGAGAGAGCUUCCCGUUUCACAUCAUCUACCACCUCGAAGGAAUGUUGCAGCAGUCAGUCUCCACUCUCCACUCCCCCAGUUCGUGCUCACUUCUACUGUCGGGGGCGGCGGCCCGCCGCGGUUCGUACUGCUCCGCGGCGGCUUCUUGGUCCUAUCUCCGUUUGUAGCGUGUUCCUCCGUGCGCGUGUCAGGAAAGGAAUGAAGAAAGGGCUCUUCAUUGAGGACAAAAUCAGCCUUGCGGCCUUUCCUGCUCGUGACUUUCUACCGAGGUUCCUCUAGAAAGGGGUGGCAUUUUAGCCGACAAACGGCGGAUGAAGUUUUUCCUGAAGCCUUGUUCACAUGGUGCCUGAAGGAACUUCUAGCUUUGCUUGAGAGCUUCCGGAGUAUACCUUCUUCACAGCUAAUCAGAUCCUUGGGUGCAACAAUAUGUUGCCCAAGCGACCACAUGGCGUGGUUAUGCUGUUAAUGCUCAUGGUUUUCGAUGUUUCAGGCGCAUUUGUUGGUAUCACUAUUGGCAACGAAAUGUCAAACCUACCAUCAGCAACAGACAUAGUGGCUAUCCUUAAAGAAAAGAAGAUUCAGCAUGUUCGUCUGAUUGAUUCAAACCAUCAGAUGUUGACUGCCCUUGCAAAUACUGGAAUAGAAGUCAUGGUUGGGGUUCCCAAUGAUCAGCUGCUAUGUGUGGGGCAGUCUCGUUCCACAGCUGCUGAUUGGAUUAACAAGAACGUCGCUGCUUAUGUUCCAGCAACUAACAUCACAUAUAUCGCAGUGGGUGAUGAGGUUCUUACUAACAUUCCAAAUGCAGCCCUUGUUCUUGUACCUGCAUUGCAAUUCCUCCAAUCAGCACUGUUAGCUGCAAACCUCAAUACUCAGGUGAAAAUCUCGAGUCCACAUUCAAUGGAUAUGAUCUCGAAGGCAUUUCCUCCCUCCAUUGCCACUUUCAAUUCGACAUGGAACACAGUAAUGUCUCAGUAUCUUCGGUUUCCGAAGGAUACAGGAUCUUCAUUCAUGCUGAAUGCCCAACCAUACUAUGGCUACGUCGGAGGGCAAGGCGUAUUCCCCUUGGAGUAUGCACUGUUCCGCUCUCUCAAUCCCAACAGUCAAAUUUCAGAUCCCAACACCAAUCUGUUCUAUACCAAUAUGUUUGAUGCAAUAAUUGAUGCUACUUACAACUCAAUCCAAGCAAUGAAUUUCACGGAGAUCCCUGUUCUGGUCACAGCUUCUGGCUGGCCAUGGCGUGGUGGGCCAAAUGAGAAGGCUGCUACUGUUGAUAAUGCUUUGGCCUACAAUACAAACCUCAUACGUCAUGUACUGAAUAAUUCUGGUACACCUAGCCAACCAAUGAACCAGUCGAGCACCUACAUCUUUGAGCUAUUCAACGAGGAUCUUCGUUCAGGACCUGAAUCAGAGAAAAGUUGGGGGAUUAUGUUUCCUAACACAACCACUGUGUACUCUCUAUCAUUUGAGGACGUGGCCACAACUAUCCCAGAAUCACCGGCUCUGCGUGGGAUGUUUUGUGUGGCAAAUUCAAGUGCACCCCAUAGUGCACUUAAGCAUAGUUUGGAUUGGGCAUGUGGCCCUGGCUCUGCGAACUGCAGUGCAAUUCAGCCUGGACAACCGUGCUAUGAAUCAGAUAACAUUGUAGCUGUUGCAUCAUAUGCUUUCAACGAUUAUUAUCAUAGAACACAAGCUAGUGGUGGUACAUGCAGCUUUAAUGGCACUGCAAUGAUGACAUCAACUGAUCCAAGCCAUGACCCAUGCAUUUUCGCUGGAAGCACUGGCGCCAACGGCAGCAACGGUGGUACAGCUUCUGGGCCUGUAAGCCCUGACAGUUUUGCUUCGAAAUCCCAAUCCUGCUGGUUGACUCACCUAGCAGCUGCAUUGCUGCUCAUUCUAGAAUCAACAUUGCGAGCUGUGACAAACAGCUUACCUGGAACGCUGGAAGUUCCAAAUGAUCUGUCCCCCGUGCAUAUGCCUCACCUGGAUGGUGAGCCGGCCCACACGGUUUCACCCUCCGUCACUGUCGCUGCGGCCAUGUCCUCGUCCUCGUCCUUCCCCACCUCCCGCUUCCCCUUCGCCGCCGGCGCCGGGGCCCCCGGCGGCGGUGGCGGAGGAGGAGGUGGAAGCAGCGUGCGGCCGUGGGGGUCGAGCGGCGGGACGUCGGUUUCGUCUUCGGGGAAGCGGAUACAGAAGGAGCUGCUGGACCUCAACGCCUCCGACUGCUCCGCCGGGCCCAAGGGCGACAACCUCUACCACUGGCUGUCCACCAUCAUCGGGCCCCAAGGAUCGCCGUAUGAAGGAGGGAUAUUUUUCCUUGAUAUCGUGUUUCCCCCCGAUUAUCCUUUCAAACCUCCGAUGGUAACUUUCAAAACAAGGAUUUACCACUGCAAUGUUGACGCCACUGGUAAAGUGCAUUUGGGCAUUCUGAAGGAUGGCUGGAGUCCAGCUUUCACUAUUUCAAAGGUGUUACUGGCCAUCAAAGACAUCAUCAGCAAUCCAGAUCCAUACACCCCGCUUGUGAUGAACAUUUCACGUCAGUAUCUGACUGACAGAACUAAACACGAUGAAAUAGCAGCUGAGUGGACAAUGAGGUUUGCAAGAUAGAGAAUUCUGUCUGUAUCUAAGCAAUGUUGACCUUGUAAAAUAAUAUUCCUUAAUGUGUCUUGAGAUGUAGAAUGUUGGCAAAGGACCCAUGUUUUGUUUAGUCUGAGUUGUAACAUAAAAAUGUACUUUAUGCUUGAGGUUAUUUCUUAUUUAGUUGCUUCUUGUAGGUGCAGAAUUACCUUUUUUUA